AGAUGAAAUUGAAAUAAUUUAUAUUAAAGGCGUAAAUAUGAAAUAAAAUAAUAAAUACCAAUCAACUCUUAUAAGUUAAACUUUCAUUUUGAAACUGUACCAACUAUAUACAAGAAUGUACUCAAUGAAAUCGUGAUGGACAAGUUGGUUCAUUUAUACUGGCUGUAGUAAUAUAAAUAUAAAUAAAUAUCGAAUAUAUAAUGAAGGAAUGAAUUCAUCUUUAAUUAUUCAAUGGUUUCUCAGUUGAAUUGAUAACUGGACAAAUGGAUGAAGAAUUUGUUGAAACAGCUAAACUUAACCAUACUAUAGAUGAUGUUAAUAUGCCAGCAGUGACUGCUAGCUUAGAAAUGUUAACAGUAAAUACUAAUUUACAUUCAAUGUCAGAAAAUAAAAGGAAUCUUAGAAAAAGAGUGCCAAAAACAGUUUCCGCAGAACUUUUAAAUAGGAGUUUUCUUUUUAUUUACACGACGAUUAGAUGCAGUCUUAGACCAAAAAAAAGAAAUUGUAAAGAAAUGGAAAGCGAUGAAGAUGUUAAAGAUUAUUAUUUAGAUAAAAGUUUUAAGAAGAAAGUAAAUAAUUUGGAAACAAUUUUUGAAGAAACAACAAAUGGAAAUGAAAAUUCUUUAUAUAUGAGUGUAAAAAGGUACAAAAGGAUGAUCCAGUUUCAACAACAACCCAAUAAUUCUAAAUUGCAAAAGAGAAGAACUAAAAUUAAAAAAGUGUUUGGAUCAAAGAUUAAUUUUAGACAUAGAUCAAUGCAAGAAUUACUUAAUAAGUUAAAUUACAUCAAAUCUAACUCACCAGUGAAUUCUGAAAGUGAAACAAAGUGAUUGUUAUUCUGUAAGUGUUUAGUAGUGCUAUAUUUGUUUAUACUAUUUUUAUAAACAUUAAUGACAUGUGAAUUUAUAUAUCUUAAAAAAUAUAAUAUUAAGAAGUA